AACUCUGGAAGUUAAAACUUCCCCCAAAAAAAAAAAAAAAAGGCCUUUCAUCGCUCUUAAAGGCCAACCAUCCCUUUCUCUCUCUGAAGAAAAAAAAAACCAUCAUUUUCUUGAAACAGUACUCUUCCUUUUUCCAUCCCCUAAAACCCAUUCUUUCUACCACUCUUUGUGCCUUGGAAUGAUGUCAAGUAGCAGAGAAAGAGAAGAGUCAUUAACUUUCCCAACAAACCCAUCAUCGACCUCUUCUCCAAUCACAGUUUCAGACCACCUUGACCGUUAUCUCCAAGACCCAUCUUCCCACAUCGGAAGUGCUUCUGGGAGUUACUCAAACGAGGGUCUUCUAGCUGCUGAAACAGCUAGUCCCAGUAACAGUGAUGUUGAGUUUGGUUUCUCAAGGCCUGACUUUAGACAGCAAAGUCCAAUCUCUGGCACUGUCCAGUUCUAUCAACGCCAUGUCUUCCUUUGCUACAAAAGCCCAUCAGUCUGGCCUCCUAGGAUUGAGGCUGCUGAGUUUGAUCGUUUGCCUAGGUUGUUGUCUGCCGCUGUUCUGGCCAGGAAGGCUGAUAUGAUAAAAGAGACCCGCUUGACAAUAUGUGAAGGGCAUGAUGGGACUGAGACAUCCAAUGGAGAUGUACUAAUAUUUCCAGACAUGAUUAGAUACAGGAGAUUGACCCAUUUUGAUGUUGACACUUUUGUUGAAGAAGUACUUGUAAAGAAUGGUGAGUGGCUGCCUGGAACUCCUGAAAAACUAGAAGGGUCAUUUGUUUUUGUUUGUUCUCAUGGAUCCCGAGAUCGGCGUUGUGGAGUUUGUGGACCUCCACUGGUUAGCAGAUUCAAAGAAGAGAUAGUAUUGUAUGGUCUUCAAGGUAGAGUGUCUGUUAGCCCAUGCUCACACAUUGGGGGUCAUAAGUAUGCAGGAAAUGUUAUUAUAUUUGGAUCAAAUUUCAACGGAGAAGUCACUGGACAUUGGUAUGGAUAUGUUACCCCCGAUGAUGUACCUACACUGCUAGAGUGGCAUAUUGGGAAGGGAGAAAUUAUAGAUGUAUUGUGGAGGGGUCAGAUGGGUUUAUCUGAAGAAGAACAGAAGAAGUUUCAAGAACUAAGGCGCCUAGCAAAUGGUGAAACUACCAAAGAGGCAACACAAAGACAAAUGGAUGAGAUGAACAUAACUGCCUGUCAAUCUCAAGAUGAUCUCGCAAGCUGUUGCCAAAGAAACAGCAGUUCUUGUUGCCAUGACCCUCCAAAGUCGGAUAUUGUGGAUACAGAUGAGGGGGUAGCAAAGCUGACACCUGAAAAGAAAAAAAGUGGCAAGAAGCUUAUUUCGAAGAUAAAUAGCGGAAAAGGUGCCAGUGUACGCAAGGUUUGUACCAAACCAACUUGGUUCGAGAGCUGGGAACGUGAAGAUACAUAUGCUGCUCUUGCUGUUGUUUGUGCUGCUGCAUCAAUUGCUGUUGCUUAUAGCUGCUAUAAACAGCUAAGUUAGAAGUGUGAUAUGAUGUUGACAUUGCUCAUACUAAGCUGAUGGUAUCAUGGAGUCUCUUACAUCCCUUUCGAGUACUUUUGCUAUUUUUCUGCAAGAAUUUUGUUUGGCAUUGGCCAUAUUCCAAUUAUCAUCUUCCCCAGUUAACGAA